AUGGGCUCAUCAGACAUCCCACCCCCCUCAGCACCACCAUGGCUCGUCCCUGCAUCAACAGCCUGCCUCUCCCUCGGCAUAACAUUCUGGCUAAUCGCCUACAUCCUCAUGAUCCGCCGCUCACUAGCAACCCACGCGACGCCCGCACCGCUCGUCGCACUGGGUCUCAAUCUAGGAUGGGAGGUAGUCUACGGCUUUGGUGUGUGCGAAGCACCCAUCGAGACAUACGGCUUCAUCCUCUGGCUUCUCCUCGAUUUGGUUGUUCUCUACGCUACGCUCAAAACAGCGCCUAGGUCAUUUGCCUCAAGUCCGCUUAUAGCGAACAAUAUCGCGCUGCUGCUGUUCCUCGUUUUUGUGGUGGGUGUCGUGGGUAAUGGGUUGUUUGCGUGGUGGUGGCUUGAGGAGCCGCAUAGAGGGUAUGGUAUCAAAUGGGGCAAGAAUUGGAAGGGUCUUGAGGCGAGAGAUACUACGGAGUUGGCAUAUUGGUCGGCUGGUGUGGCGCAGAUGAUAUUCAGCGUUUCGGCGUUGGCUAUGCUUCUUGAGAGAGGUCACUCUGGUGGACAGAGCUAUGGAAUCUGGACUCGGAAGAUUACUGCAAAUCGCGUCUCAGAUGAGAGCGGUCUGCCGAAUGAGACCGCGCAAGCAAUACCGACGACUGGUUACCAGUUCUGUCGCUUCGUUGGCACCGUCAUGGGUCUGCCCGUCUCUUGCGGUCUGAUGUGGUGGUACUGGCCCGAGGCUCACGGCUUCGUUUUCCAUCCUCUUGGUGUCUUCAUCACUGGCACCUCAGUCAUUUGUGAUCUGGCGUAUCCCUUUUUGCUAGCCUACGUUCGAACCAGGGAAAAGGUCUUGCCUGACGGAAGUCUGGUAGACGGAAGACUCGAGGCUGAAACUGAGAAGAAGCAAAAGUAG